AUGCAUUUCUCCACCGUCUCCUCUGCCCUUGGCUUGGCCUCCCUGGUCUCCGCCCACGGUGUUGUCCUGAAGCCGGCUUCUCGCAAGCCAGGUGAUGCCACAACCGAGACGUGCGGCCGUGCCAUGGUCAACUUUUACAAGCAAGAUGAGACGUCUUAUCCCGAGGCUUUCUUGAGAUCCAACCCAUUGCCCGACCGCAACAAGUGCAAUCUGUUCCUCUGCAAGGGAUAUCAGUUCGCCGACAACGCCGCCAAUGUCCAGUCGUACAAACCCGGCGACUCUGUUGAGUAUGAGGUGUACAUCAGGAUUCCUCACUCUGGCUACGCCAAUGUCUCCAUUGUCGACACCACGACCAACAAAGUGUUGGGCUCCCCGCUGGUGAGUUGGGCGAGUGGGUAUGCGGCCAGCAGCAAGCCACCAGCGGACCAGACCAAGUUCAGCGUCAAGAUCCCGGAGCUUGGUGCGCAGUGUGCGACUGCAGGUGUUUGUGUCCUCCAGUGGCAUUGGUUUGGUGCUGGACAGACAUAUCAGAGUUGCACCGACUUUACGGUUGCCGCUCCUGUUGCUCCCGCUGAGCCGGCUCCGGAACAUGGACACGGCCACCGAAUUCGAGGACAGUCUCGCUGGUAGAAUCUCGCAGAGGUCGGACUAUGUAAAUAGCUAAAUAUCGUUAGGAGAGGAGUGUACCGAGAAAAUAUUCUUUCAAUCC